ACAUCCCCCCUCUCUUCUCUCCUCUCAUUUCAAUCAAUUCCUCUACUCUUUUUUUCUCCACUCUCACGACUGAAUCCCCUCGCCAUCCGUAGCCUGCAGUGUCACAGACAGCUUGGCUCUCUCCAUAGUGAUUUGGCGCCCGUUCAUUCCACGCGCGUUCGUUCGUUCGUCGGUAAUGGAAAACAGAAAGGAGAUGGUGAUGCUCGCGGAGGGAGGUCAACUUGGCACGGUGGUUGGCAAGACGGGCUCUAAUUUCUCGGAAGCAGUUGGAAGCCCCGCGCAAGAACCGCAAGGAAAGACGGUCAACAGGAACUGCCUGAGCCCGGGUUCUGCACCCUACUCGCGAGACAGAGCGGACGAAGAGGUGGAAGGCGCACAGGGACGCGUGUGCGCUGAUGUAAGGCCGGUUGGCAUGUCCUCUUCUACCGAGAGACACCGGAUAGAUCACACCAACAAAGAAACCAGCAGCUCGGACACUGAGUCAGACUUCUAUGAGGAAAUUGAUGUGAGCUGCACGCCAGAAAGCAUGGACUACCCCAAUGGGAAAGGUCGAAACGGUGAUUCCCCCUGCCACCCGAGUGACAGCGGCAUGGAUCUUGGUAAGAUGGGUUCGGGACAGGGCUCGCUGUCCUACGGGGCCGACGCGAUGCGACGGUACCGGACAGCAUUCACUCGGGAGCAAAUCGGUCGGUUGGAGAAGGAAUUCUACCGGGAGAAUUACGUGUCCAGGCCGAGGAGAUGUGAACUGGCGGCUUCACUAAAUUUACCAGAGACCACAAUCAAGGUGUGGUUCCAGAACCGCCGAAUGAAGGACAAGCGGCAGCGUCUGGCCAUGACGUGGCCUCACCCUGCCGACCCCGCCUUCUACGCCUACAUGAUGAACCACGCGGCCGCCACUGGGAAUCUCGGUUACUCCUUCCCGUCCCACCUGCCAUUACCGUAUUACUCCCACCUUGGGGUCGGAGCCGGCUCGGCCUCCUCCGCCACUCCAUUCUCCAACCCACUCAGGUCCCUCGACAGUUUCCGGAUGUUGUCUCAUCCCUACCAGAGGCCGGAGCUGCUGUGUGCGUUCAGGCACCCAUCCCUGUACCCCAGCCCGGCCCACAGCCUCGGUCCCGGGGGAAGCCCCUGUUCCUGCCUCGCCUGUCACUCCGCUCAAACAAACGGCUUUCCACAGAGGCCCACCGGGUCAGACUUCCCGUGCUCCCCAACGAGCAGGACUGACACGUUUCUGACGUUUACACCGUCGGUGCUGAGCAAGUCCUCGCCGGUGACUUUGGACCAGAGAGAGGAGGUGCCAUUGACCAGAUAAAACGAAGAGAACACAUCUAAAUGUGUUCAUUGGACUGAGUCAAUGAAGCGCAGAAGAGGGCCAUACGCUUUUACCAUGACGAGCUUUUAUCAAACUUAAAGAAAACACAUGAUGACAAGACUCAAACAGCAUGAAUAGAACGCUCGUGUGGAGCAGACUCCAUACCCGCAGCAGCAUAAGCGACAGGUACUGCAGCGCGAGCUGUUACACACACCUGCUACAUAACAAAAAGGAGAGAUGAGCGAGCUCGGAGUGCAAAUAAAUAG